AUGGCAGGACUGAAGAUCAAUCUAGACGACCUGGAGAGCGACAAUGACGACUCGGCACAAAUUUCACACGAGGUCCUUCGCCUCGGUGAACUGACGGUCUCCGCGGAGGGACUCACGACGUCGAUGGGCUACAAGUACGGCCUGUCGCCGGACGAUGUCAUUGUGAGUGAGACCGGGUUUUUGGGUCAAGGCAGCAGUGGCUCUGUUCGCCGAGCGACUCACCGCAGGACUGGCGAGGUUCUCGCCCUGAAGGAGAUUAAAAUUACCAGUCAUGCGCAUCUUCAGGAAAUUAGACGAGAGUUGGAAACACUCCACCGUGACGGGAACAACUCGCCGAACCUGGUGGAUUUCUACGGCGCCUUUUGUCACGAGGGUUCCGUGUUUAUUGCGAUGGAGUGCAUGGAUGGAAGUUUGGCCACUGUAAAAAAGCCGGUGCCGAUUGAGGCACUGGCGAGCAUUUCGCGCAGUAUUCUUCUUGGCCUCUGGGACCUUCACGGGAACAGGCACCUCAUCCAUCGCGACCUAAAGCCCAGUAACAUUUUGUUUAGUCGGGAUGGACGCAUCAAAAUAUCGGAUUUUGGCGUGAGCUCCUUUUUGGAGUGCACCCGCGGCGACGCGCAUAGUUUUGUGGGGACGCUGACGCACAUGAGUCCCGAACGUCUGAAAGGGGAGUCAUACUCGUUCGCGGCAGAUGUAUGGUCAUUUGGACUUGUUGUUGCUGAGCUUGCACUAGGCCGGUGUCCGUUCAUUGAUAAAUUGACGCGGUCCAAGAGUUCAACGGAGGCCGGGUUCUGGGUAUUGCUGCAGCAUCUAAAUAGCGAUCGGCCAGUUAUCACCUUGCCACAAACAAUGGACCCAUCACUAGCCGAUUUUAUAUCAAUGUGUAUUCAGAAAGAUCCCCAAAGUCGACCUACGUGUAAAGAAUUGUUGCGGCAUUCAUUUAUUAUCAAGGGAAGCGAAUGUGACGACAAACAUGUGAUUAGGGAGUGGCUUUUGGCGAUGCCUAUGCAGGCAGAACCUUCUCCCUCCACAGGGGAAUGUGGGCAAUCCCUGGUGCCUCCGGCUGGACCUAGUGCAUCGCUAAACCUUGACGACGAGCUGAGCAGGUUGGUUCGCUGA